CAAAGUUUAUCGUACCAUAUUCCUCUCUGGUUCUUCCUCUGCUCUCCAGUUUUCCCGACAAUCUCAGAGGAAAAACCAAUUUCUCCAUUCUCAUGGCUUCAGAUUUUGCCUUAUCAGUUCCUGCUGAACUUGAGUCGGCUUUGCGGUUGAAGGCGGUUCAGUACUUUGUAACAAAAAGGCCUUGGCUUGAUCUCUAUGGGAUUAAUGUGAAGCCUGUUGCACCAUUUGGAAGUGUCAGCAGAAAACCAUUUGUUGAUCCAGCACUAAUUCAUCGUUGUUUGCCCGAUGAACUGCUCUUUGAGGUCUUUGCAAGAAUGACUCCAUAUGAUUUAGGAAGGGCAGGUUGUGUAUGUCGUAAAUGGAGGUACACAAUUCGUAACCCUGUGUUUUGGCGUAGUGCAUGUCUGAAGGCUUGGCAGCUCUCUGGAGUGGUGGAAAAUUAUAAAGUUUUGCAGUCCAGAUAUGAGGGGUCAUGGAGGAAAAUGUGGCUUUUAAGACCAAGGGUCCGUACAGAUGGCCUUUAUGUGAGUAGGAAUACCUAUAUUCGUGCCGGAGUUGCAGAGUGGAAAGUCACCAAUCCAGUCCAUUUGGUAUGCUAUUUCCGUUACAUGAGAUUUUUUCCUUCUGGAAGAUUUCUGUACAAGAAUUCUUCGCAAAAAGUCAAAGAUGUGGCAAAAUACAUGAACUUUCGUGCAUCUAAAGCAGAGGGUGUUUUUAGAGGCCAUUACACAUUGUCAGAUGACCAGAUUGAAGCUGCUGUGUUGUAUCCUGGUAUGCGUCCAACUGUGUUGAGAAUCCGUCUAAGGUUAAGAGGAACAACAGCAGGGGCUAACAAUCGGAUGGAUCUACUCUCACUUGUUACUAGUGGUGUGAACGAUAAUGAGGUCCAAAAUCCUGAUGAGGAGGACAUCCUUGGAGUGGUCGAAGGGUGGCAGGAUGAUGAAUCACACAACCCAGAUGUGCCUGCAGUCUCACACAAGAGGGGCAUGGGGCCUUUUGUCUUCAUUCCUUUUGAAGAGGUGGAAACGUCGGUUCUGAAUCUGCCUGUGGAGAAGAUGGAUUAUUUUGUACCUGGUUGAUACCUCAAAAGACCAAGGAUCUCCAUUCUGUAAAUAAAAAUUUGAAUUCCUUGGCAUUAUAGGUUACCUGGAUUGCUGUAUUUUAUGUAUAAAAUAACCGAGAAGUCAUAAAAUAGCUUGAUGUUGUAAUUCAUGUCCUUGAUUAUGGUGCUGGUUUCAGUGUGUUCUCUCCUGUAUUUGCUUCUGCCGCUUACUGUUGUGUGAUGGCAUCCUAUGUAUCAAAUAACAGUCUUGUGUUGAUAGUGAAUCAUGAACUACUGUUAUCCUUUUUUGACAA